GCGGCCACCACAGCAGCAGCCUCAGCAGUAGCCUGAGCAGCAGCACCGGCGGGACAGCGACAGCGGGGGCGGCGCAGGCGCAUUGUGCCCCGCGGAGCCUGCAGUUCCCGAGCCCCGUGUGCGGCACCGCCACAGUCUGGGCAGCUGCGGCCGGGGGAGCGCUACUACCAUGAACUGCCUGGUCCUCCUCCCCAGAGCUGCUCAUCCGGGUUGGGCUGGAGACACAGUCAGGGGACCCCGUCGCCGCCGCAGCCCCUCUUCUUUCGGCACCAUCUUCUCCUCCACCUUUUCCUACUCUUCCUCCACCUUCUCUUCCUGCAUCCCCCCCUCCCCCGCCGCGGAUCCUGGCCGCCGCUCUCCAGACCCAGGAUGCCGGGGGGCAAGAGAGGGCUGGUGGCACCUCAGAACACAUUUUUGGAGAACAUCGUCAGGCGCUCCAGUGAAUCAAGUUUCUUACUGGGAAAUGCCCAGAUUGUAGAUUGGCCUGUAGUUUAUAGUAAUGACGGUUUUUGCAAACUCUCUGGGUAUCAUCGAGCUGACGUCAUGCAGAAAAGCAGCACUUGCAGUUUUAUGUAUGGGGAAUUGACUGACAAGAAGACCAUUGAGAAAGUCAGGCAGACUUUUGACAACUACGAGUCAAACUGCUUUGAAGUUCUUCUGUACAAGAAAAACAGAACCCCUGUUUGGUUUUAUAUGCAAAUUGCACCAAUAAGAAAUGAACAUGAAAAGGUGGUCUUGUUCCUGUGCACUUUCAAGGAUAUCACAUUGUUCAAACAGCCAAUAGAGGAUGAUUCAACAAAAGGUUGGACAAAAUUUGCCCGAUUGACACGGGCUUUGACAAAUAGCCGAAGUGUUUUGCAGCAGCUCACACCAAUGAAUAAAACAGAGGUGGUCCACAAACAUUCAAGAUUAGCUGAAGUUCUUCAGCUGGGAUCAGAUAUCCUUCCUCAGUAUAAGCAAGAAGCACCAAAGACGCCACCACACAUUAUUUUACACUAUUGUGCUUUUAAAACUACUUGGGAUUGGGUGAUUUUGAUUCUUACCUUCUACACCGCCAUUAUGGUUCCUUACAAUGUUUCCUUCAAAACGAAGCAGAACAACAUAGCUUGGUUGGUGCUGGACAGUGUGGUGGACGUUAUUUUUCUGGUUGACAUUGUUCUAAAUUUUCACACAACUUUUGUGGGACCUGGUGGAGAGGUCAUUUCGGACCCCAAGCUGAUAAGGAUGAACUAUCUGAAAACUUGGUUUGUGAUAGAUCUGUUGUCUUGUUUACCUUACGACAUCAUCAAUGCCUUUGAAAAUGUGGAUGAGGGAAUCAGCAGUCUCUUCAGUUCUUUAAAAGUGGUGCGUCUCUUGCGAUUGGGCCGUGUUGCUAGGAAAUUGGACCAUUACCUAGAGUAUGGAGCAGCGGUCCUUGUGCUCCUGGUGUGUGUGUUUGGACUAGUUGCCCACUGGCUGGCCUGCAUAUGGUACAGCAUUGGGGACUACGAGGUGAUCAAUGAAGUCACGAACAACAUCCAAAAAGGCAGUUGGCUUUACCAGCUGGCCUCGAGCAUUGGGACUCCGUAUCGAUACAACACCAGUACGGGGAUAUGGGAAGGAGGACCCAGCAAGGAUUCACUGUACGUGUCCUCUCUCUACUUUACCAUGACAAGCCUUACAACCAUAGGAUUUGGAAACAUAGCUCCUACCACUGAUGUGGAGAAGAUGUUUUCGGUGGCCAUGAUGAUGGUUGGCUCUCUCCUUUAUGCAACUAUUUUUGGAAAUGUUACCACAAUUUUCCAGCAAAUGUAUGCCAACACCAACCGAUACCAUGAGAUGCUGAAUAAUGUACGGGACUUCCUGAAACUCUAUCAGGUCCCCAAAGGCCUUAGUGAACGAGUCAUGGAUUAUAUUGUCUCAACAUGGUCCAUGUCUAAAGGCAUCGACACAGAGAAGGUAUGGGUAAUUUGCCCAUCAGACAUGAGAGCUGAUAUCUGUGUUCAUCUCACGAAGGUUUUUAAUGAACAUCCUGCUUUUCGAUUGGCCAGCGAUGGGUGUCUGCGCGCCUUGGCGGUAGAAUUCCAAACUAUUCACUGUGCUCCUGGGGACCUCAUUUACCAUGCUGGAGAAAGUGUGGAUGCCCUCUGCUUUGUGGUGUCAGGAUCCUUGGAAGUCAUCCAGGAUGAUGAGGUGGUGGCUAUUUUAGGAAAAGGUGACGUAUUUGGAGACAUCUUCUGGAAGGAAACCACCCUUGCUCACGCGUGCGCCAAUGUCCGGGCACUGACGUACUGUGACCUCCACAUCAUCAAGCGAGAAGCCCUUCUCAAAGUCCUGGACUUUUACACAGCUUUCGCAAACUCCUUCUCCAGGAAUCUCACUCUUACUUGCAAUCUAAGGAAACGGAUCAUUUUCCGUAAAAUCAGUGAUGUGAAGAAAGAGGAGGAGGAGCGCCUCAGGCAGAAGAACGAAGUCACGCUCAGCAUCCCUGUGGAUCACCCGGUUCGAAAGCUCUUCCAGAAGUUCAAGCAGCAGAAGGAGCUGCGGAAUCAGGGGUCAACACAGAGUGACCCGGAGCGGAACCAGCUCCAGGUAGAGAGCCGCUCCUUGCAGAAUGGAGCGUCCAUCACCGGCACCAGUGUGGUCACGGUGUCGCAGAUCACGCCCAUUCAGACAUCGCUGGCCUACGUGAAAGCCAGUGAGUCCCUCAAGCAGAACAACCGUGAUGCAAUGGAACUCAAGCCCAAUGGCGGUGCUGACCCCAAAUGUCUCAAAGUCAACAGCCCGAUAAGAAUGAAGAACGGAAAUGGGAAAGGGUGGCUGCGACUCAAGAAUAAUAUGGGAGCCCAUGAGGAGAAAAAAGAAGACUGGAAUAAUGUCACAAAAGCUGAGUCCAUGGGGCUAUUGUCGGAGGACCCCAAGGGCAGCGACUCAGAGAACAGUGUGACCAAAAACCCUUUAAGGAAGACAGAUUCUUGUGACAGUGGGAUUACAAAAAGUGACCUUCGUUUGGAUAAGGCUGGUGAGGUGCGAAGUCCGCUUGAACACAGCCCCAUUCAGGCUGAUGCCAAGCACCCCUUUUACCCCAUCCCUGAGCAAGCCUUACAGACCACACUGCAGGAAGUCAAACACGAACUCAGAGAGGACAUUCAGCUCCUAAGCUGCAGAAUGACUGCCUUGGAGAAGCAGGUGGCAGAAAUUUUAAAAAUACUCUCAGAAAAAAGCGUGUCCCAGACCUCUUCUCCCAAGUCCCAAACGCCACUCCAGGUACCUCCCCAAAUUCCGUGUCAGGAUAUUUUUAGCGUUUCCAGGCCUGAGUCACCUGAAUCUGACAAAGAUGAAAUCCACUUCUAAUUUAUAUAUAUAUAUAUAUAUACAUAUAUAUUUGUUAAUAUCUUUAAAUAGUAUAUACAUCUAUAUACAGAAGUGUGUAUAUACAGUAUAUACAUAUAUAUUUUCAUUUGCUUUCAAUAUGAUGAACACAAUAUGGGUUUUGAUAUGUAAAUAUUGCAUGUCCAGCUGGAUUCUGGCCUGCCAAAGAUGAUAAUUAAAAACAUAGAUGUUGCUUGUAUAUGAUGCAGUUGACUGCAUGCACACUUUGCUUUCAUUUACAAUGUCUAGUCUAUAAUUUUAAAAAAGUAUGACUUUUAUUAAUCAAGGCAGUGUAAUAUUUGAAGAAUCAGGGUCCAACCUGCCGACGUUGCCGUGACAAAUCUGAUCUCAGGCUGAGCAGAUCGUGCUGUCAUUUCCUCACUGUUCUUUUGAGUUAAAAUUAUAGAUUAAUGCCAAGGAAGAGUUCAACCUUGUAAACUCUUAGGGUCAUUUUUAUGAUCUCUUUCCUUAGAAUAUUUUUCUAUAACUCAGUGUUAGGUUAUUUUCCCCAACAGGCAGUGUUUUCUCCAUUUAAAUGCCUCUUUUGUUGCCUAAGUCAGAUAGCAGUGUGGGGUAUUGAAAACUUAUUGCUAUGGGUUUUGUGCAUGAUUGCAUUUUUGCUUAGCUAUACCUCUUCUUUUUCCAUAUUAUACUUAGAUAGUAAUCAUUAACACCAAUGUAAGGAAUCCCUCUUCCCUCCGUCUUGGAGAACAGCUACCAUCUUGUAAGCUGCUUUUGUCAACCCCAUAAACACUAGACUAUUAAUGUAGUAUAUAUUAUUAUAGAAAUACUGCACCACAGGGUAAAAGGGCCUUUUAACAAUUUAUGUUAGAGAUGCUGGUUUUCCAAAGGUGAUAAAUGUUCUAAAUUUGUGUUUCUAAAACUUGCUCAAAGGUGAAGUUAAAAGGCUCUUAGCAAAGAACCAAACAUUUAAGUAAUCAUAUCAAAAUUUUAACUGUAAUGAUAUAAAAUAAAAAAGAAUGUAAUCCGUCAAGUUUUUGUAGCACAUCUGUAUCUUUUAGGAAGAAUGAAACACAGGUAUGGAAUUGCUUACACAUGAAUUUUCAUAUGUGUAGCAAUAACACAUGAAAUGUGGUUAAAAAACAACUAAGUAGAUGUUAAGUUGCUCAACUCAGAUAACUGCUUUUCUAUAAUUUUAUUCUGGUUGCAAUUUUCUACAGCUCUUUUGUACACAGUUCUACUGCUGGACUUCUGCGAAGUUGACAAAUAGACUACUAUGGCUCAGGCAGAUCCACUUAUGAAAGAGCAGUACUAGAGACUGAAUUUCAGAGUCUUUUGGGUCACAAAUCCUCUUAGAAAGUGCCUAUUAUCAACUAAAAAAAGUCACAAACAGUUGUGUAUAACUAGUCCUUUAAAUGGUAUGUAUUGGGAAUCGAAUACACAUUUAUUUAUAAGAACUCUGAAGAAUUUAUUGCUUUUGACUACAGAAUAUUUUGUAAAGUUGAUGAGUGAGACAUACUUUUGAACUGGUGUGUAUGCAUGGGAGGUAACGGGAGCAGGGCAGUUAGUGUUUGCAUCAUGUGAAAAUAUAUACCAGUAAUUUGUACAUUAUCAGACCACCUGUACACAUAGACUGACAGCGUACACCAACUGAUCAAAGGAGAUGUUUUGAUCUAUUGCACCCAUUUUUAUGAGCUUUUCUAACUAUCUCCCGGUAUCCCUCAACAGAACCGCCAGAACCAAAAGACCAGUUAUCAUGAUCAAACUGGGGAAGUGCAAAACAAAGAAAUUUAUAGAAACAGUUGAUACUUUAGAAUUUGUAUUAGAACUUCUUCACAUGCCCACAAGAUGUGCCUCUUCAAUCCAGGAGUCUCGGAACAGCUGCCAUGUGCCAUGGGUUCCAUUUUCCUUUCUUCGUGCUCAUGACUUUCAUCACCCAUAAUGGAAGUUUUCAGGGGAGCAUGUCUCCAUGCUCUGCUACAGUGUCCCCCUCCCACAGGCACCGAAGAAUGAGGUAAUCAGGUGUGAGGGAUCAGCCUUGAAAUGGGGACUUGGUUGCUUUCGUGGUGAGGAUGGUACCUUCCUCUUGACCUCUGACAUUUAUUGAAUUUCAGGGUAUUUUUCUAUUUAACCAUGUGUGAGACAAGCUAGGCUAAGCUUUUCAAGGUGGGUGAGUGGUAAAAAAUAAUCUGAGUAUAGAAAUGGCAGGUCAGCUUUAGCCAUGUGCUUUAGAAAUAGCACAGUUGCUGUGAAGCUGUGAGAGAGUGACUGUGAAAUAGCCAGGCAGUGUGAAGCUGCAGCCCAGGCCUUUGCACGUCAGUGGUGCAUACACUCACUGUGUUCUGGCAUUGACUCAGAGUUUCAGCACGUUGACCUAUAAUGUUGUUCUUCAUUUGUGUGGGAAAGAAACGUGUAGUUUUGAAUGACUCCAAGUCAUCACAAAGGGAGAAAAGAGUAUCAGUUGCUUAUUUAUGGUGCAGUUAUCACUGCAUUCUUUCUCAGCCACCUCUGUUCCUGUUCGCAUGACAUGAUGAGCUGCUGAAUGCACUCUGGUGUUUUCAGCAGGAAUGCAUGUGUUCAGCAAACACUGUACAUAGAAUAGUCUUUCAGGUUCCCAGAUUCUACAGUUCUUACCAGGUGAACUUGCUCAGAUUUGAAUGAAGGGUGAGCACUUGCUUUAAUAUGUGCAAUAAUGAUACAGUCAUGUUCUGCGUUGCCUCAACCAGCAUGGACAGUAGAUUCUCUUUGGGGGGACCAGAUGACCGCAUGUUUAUUCUUACACUGUAUAGAUGCUCCUGGUGUAUCCAGAAUGCAAUUUUUACUAUUAUAUUUCUGAACACUGUACUAAUAGGAGUAAAUAGAUAAUGUAUUUAAAAUCUAAACAUUUUCCAAAGCAACUUACACAACUUCAAUAUUUUUCUAUGACAGUAUAUAAGAUCAGAUGCUAUACCCUGGACAGGUUGUUGUAACAACAGUGAAAGUCAAACAAAAGCAGAAAUGUGAGCUGUGCCUUGCAAUGGCAAUUUUUAUCAGUUUGGUAAAGGAUGUCAUUGCAUCAAAUGAAUGUGACCUAGUAGAUAGAAGAGUUCAUGAUAAAAGGCAAAUAGGCACACACAAGGCAGAUGACAAUCCCAAAGCCAAGAUCAUCCCACAUUGAUGUAAGCAGUACUUAAGAUGACUUAGAUAUGGCUGUUGAAUAGAGACACAUACUUCAUUGUUAAAAUGGAAAAAUGUCAUUGACACUGGCUUCAUCUCACAUUAAAUACUUAAAUACAUAUGUCUCAAGUCUCAGAGCAACAGAAUUAGAAAACUUGGUGUUUAAAAUUGCUCCUAAGAACACAUAUAUACUCCCGGAGUACCCAGCACUUUAAUAGAAAUGUUAAUUAUGACCACUAACUAAAGUACCAUUUUGAAAUUGAAUCUUAUUGAAACCCAAAUGCAAAUCACAGCUUCCCUUAAAUUUAAGGGGAUUUUGUUUACCUGUGAGUUCUGGCCCAUAUAUUGUUCUAUUUUAAAUAACUAAAUUCUUUGAGAAAACUAUCCUUUUAAUUAGUCUUCAAAGCAAUGACUGUUUUUGAAGUAUGCCCUGACUGGUACUGGUGAAAUUAUUUGUCAUAUUCCUAAUGAAUUCUACUAUCUUGUAUAAUUUUUAUCUUUGAAGCUAUUUUAUCUAUGUCUUUUCCAAAAUCUGAUGUAGGUAAUGAGAAAAUUCAUCUAGAAUGUACAUACAUACAUGAACAACUUUAAAAUAUGAAGAUUUUGUAAUUAUGUGAAUGUUGUGUUUUCAUACUUGGUAUGUAUAAGAGUAGUUCUCUUGUGGUCUUGAUGCAAAGGGGACAGGGGAAAGAUCAGUCUGGAAAACAAUUCAAUUUCUUCACCAAUAAAUAAUAAAAUGAAGAACUGCUCCUGUCUUAUAUCAAGACAAUGUUAGGUGAUAAAAAUCAUCUUCCUCUCAAAUGAAAAUCACAUUAAGACAAAUUAUAAUUUUUUCUUUUUUUUCAUAGGAGAUCAGCCAAGAUGUGCUUUUCAAAUAGUCUAGGUUUAGUGGAGACUUCUUUGAUCAGAGCUUGGGGAGACAGGCAUGGGGGCUAACUGAUCAGGAAUAAAUGGCAUGGAAGAAGAAAACUUGAAAAUUGCCUGGGAAUUUAGAACUACUGAUCAAAUAAACAUGCAAAGAAUGAAGGUCUUUCGAGGGAAGAGAGAAAAAGAGAAACAAUAUGUAUGUAGAUAUGAUUCUUUCUUACUCUCCUUAAUCAUAAACUGAUUGGUGAGUACUCAAAGUGUGAGUCUUCCCACUUUGGUGAGUAUUCAUCUUCCCGUUUUUUGUAUAAUCAUGACUUGAGCUCUAUGGUUCCACAAUGGCAGGUGUUUAAAAAAUUCUUAAUAUAUAAAGAAUCCUUUCCAGUGACCAAUGAAUUUUUCAAUGUAUAUCUUCAACUGAAUGUCAAAAAAGGUUAAAAAAACCACUUGAAUUACAUUUAAACACCAAUCAUAUUAUUGCGUCCUAAGAAAGUGUGUUUGAAUUUAAAAAAUUAUAAUGAGUGAUUAGUAAUAUUGGGGAUUCAAGAAAGCCACUUUUAGCAUGUCACCAUUUUUUAAAAUGAGAUUCAUUUUUGUUAACAUUUGCUCAUUCUGCAGAGACAGCUUUAUAUCUAAGGGAUACACUCAUACCUGCAGUCACUUCAUAGGCUGUGACCCUUUGGGUCAAGACAACAAGAGCACAUAGAAACAAAGGGGAAAUUUUAUGCACUAGAAGAGAUGCUUAGAUCUCCUUUAGGGUUUUUUAAAUCUUUCCAUCAAGUAAGAAUUUAAAACUGUUAUACAGGUUAGGAAUUGGAUGUUAUUUUGAAAGCAGACAAUGUUUCUCAAGUUAAAGAAGGGUUAGUAAGAGAAAUGACUGAUGUAUUUGAGAUGUGUUAAAGGAGGCUUAGGGGAUAGGUCAUUAUGACUAUGACUUUUUACUAUCUAUUGUAAUCCUUUUGAUUUAUUUGCUAAAUGGUCAGUAACAUUUAUAUUUGUAUCCACUGUGAUAGGCCCAUAGCAGUCCAAUUCACAGUUGUGUUACAUAUGUAAAUAAAUAUUUUCAUUCAACUUGCUCUCAGUGUAAACUUUGUACUUACAGCUCAAAUGGUGUUAGCAGCUUCAAUAAUAAACACUCUAACAACUAUGGCAUGACAUUUAGUGUUUUUAGAGGGCUGAUAAAGAUAAAUUUGACAUUAUAGUCAUACUCAUCUUGGUCCAGGAAAACAAACCAAGAGGAAAUGUGUGUGGGGCUAUACAAUCAGAACCAAAACAGUCAGGUUUUAAAUAAGCUCCGGUGCCAGGCUAACAUGAGCUCACAGGAGUCCAAAUCAAGACCUGCAUUUCCAAUUUGGAUGGAUAUACAAAGAAUCAUAACAGAAGUGGCAAUUUAGACUCAUGGAGAAGUAUGGUAAUUGGUAAUGCUUAUGAGUGCAAUCAGAUCAACUCUGGUGAGUUUAUAUAGACUUUCUCAUUGUUUUACCUUUGUUUUACUGGUAUACCUUGCUUUAGGUUACUUUUAUUGACUGGUCUGUGGAAGUAUGUGCAGACUUCACAAUGAGAAGUGUUGGCUAAGCCUGGAUCUGCCAUUAUUCAUUAAAAAAAAAGAAAGAAAGAAAGAAGUGUGAACGGGCCAAAAACAACAUGGGCGUUUGAAUACAAGCAAAACUAUAACAUCCACAUUUCUGUAGUUACAGCCUGUUUUUCUAGUAUGUCACCAGGCAAAACAAAA